AUGGUUCUUGUGAAGCCUCUUUCUACUCCUAUGGCGGCUUCAACCACUCUUAGUUGUUUUGAAGGAUCAACCAUUAUGGACACAACUUUGUACCGCAGCACCGUCGGCUCUCUUCAAUAUUUAUCUCUAAUCCGUCCCGAUGUUUCAUUUGUGGUCAACAAAGUCUCCCAAUUUAUGCAAGACCCCCGGAACACUCAUUGGUCUGCAGUGAAGUGUAUCAUGUGCUAUUUGAAGUCUACCAUUUCUCAUACUUUCUGCAUUCACAGAAACUCCUCCAAGCAACUCACUGCCUUCUCAGAUUCAGAUUGGGCCAGCUGUCCAGAUGACAAACGCUCCAUGUCAGGCUAUUGUGUUCUUGGUAAAAAUAUUCUCUCACGGAGCUCCAAGAAACAACCAACGUUAUCGCGCUCUAGUACUGAAGCCGAGUACAAAGCCAUUGCAAAUGCAUCAGCUGAGUUAGUUUGGAUUCAAACUCUACUAGGUGAACUUGGGCAAGAACAGUUGACAAACAUCCUUGCAAAGCCUUUGACUUCUGCACGCUUCAUUCUACUCAAAUCCAACCUCAACAUUCAGUUACCCACAUCGAGUUUACCCACGUCGAGUUUGAGGGGGCGUAUUGGAUCAAACGACUUAUCUACUAGUGAUCAAGCUAAAGUGAUAGAGUUAGAUUAA